AUGCAAAUCUUUGUUAAAACUCUUACUGGCAAAACAAUUACAUUGGAAGUCGAACCAAGUGAUACCAUUGACAAUGUAAAAGCCAAGAUACAAGAUAAAGAAGGUAUCCCACCUGAUCAACAACGACUCAUCUUUGCUGGCAAACAACUUGAAGAUGGUCGAACACUCAGCGACUAUAAUAUUCAAAAAGAAAGUACACUUCAUUUAGUUCUUCGUUUACGUGGUGGUAUGCAGAUUUUUGUCAAAACUCUCACCGGAAAAACAAUUACACUUGAAGUCGAACCAAGUGAUACUAUCGACAAUGUUAAAGCCAAGAUACAAGAUAAAGAAGGUAUCCCACCUGAUCAACAACGACUCAUCUUUGCUGGCAAACAACUUGAAGACGGUCGAACACUCAGCGACUAUAAUAUUCAAAAAGAAAGUACACUCCAUUUAGUUCUUCGAUUACGUGGUGGUAUGCAGAUUUUUGUCAAAACUCUCACCGGAAAAACAAUUACACUUGAAGUCGAACCAAGUGAUACCAUUGACAAUGUAAAAGCCAAGAUACAAGAUAAAGAAGGUAUCCCACCUGAUCAACAACGACUCAUCUUUGCUGGCAAACAACUUGAAGACGGUCGAACACUCAGCGACUAUAAUAUUCAAAAAGAAAGUACACUUCAUUUAGUUCUUCGUUUACGUGGUGGUAUGCAGAUUUUUGUUAAAACUCUCACCGGAAAAACAAUUACAUUGGAAGUCGAACCAAGUGAUACCAUUGACAAUGUAAAAGCCAAGAUACAAGAUAAAGAAGGUAUCCCACCUGAUCAACAACGACUCAUCUUUGCUGGCAAACAACUUGAAGAUGGUCGAACACUCAGCGACUAUAAUAUUCAAAAAGAAAGUNUUUUUUACCCUUCCUAUUUUUGA